UCAAGCCUAAACUCAAUGCAAGAUGUUCUUGAUCUAUUGGCUGAUAUGUUGCAAGCUGUUGAUCCAAGCGAUCGCUCGGCUGUUAAAGAUGAAGUGAUCGUUGACCUAGUUGAGCAAUGCCGUGCCAAUCAAAAGAAGUUGGUUCAGUUGUUGGCAACAACAGGGGAUGAAGAAAUUCUUGGUAAGGGUCUUGAACUCAAUGAUAGCCUACAAAUUUGUGCUUGCUAAACACGAUGCAAUAGCUUCUGGUUCUCCAUUACCACCACAAGCACAAGUGAGAAAUAAUAUCUCAAUCAAAGAAUCUGAGAAACAAGACUUGAGUACUCCAAAACCUGCUGAAGCGACAGUUGUUCAAAACGCACCACCUUCUGAAAAUAAUAAACGGUCUGCACCAGUUUUACCUGAAAAACAGAAGAAUGUUGCUCCUGAAGAAGAUGACGAAGAAGAAGACGACUUUGCCCUUCUUGCUAGAAGGCACUCAAAAGUUCGUGCUGACGUGGCACUUACAGAAAGCAAUGCAUUAGUUCCAGUCGAUGUGCCCACAUCAUCGGUUCGAACAAAAGAACAAGAUAUGAUAGACCUACUCAGCAUCACAUUAUCAACACCUACAUUAACCGAACAAACCCCUCAGCAACCACCUUCUCCAUCAAUGCAGCAAACUCAAGGGAAUAUUCCCUCAAACUAUCCUGUUAACAACGGUUUAGCCUUCAACAACUACAUCGCCCCGUGUGACAGCCCCAGCCACUGCUACCUCAGCAUCAGCCUCAGUAUCAACAGUUUGAAUCUCAACCACAAAUCGAGCCUCAGCAGAAUCAGCUUCAAUAUCCUCAAUAUGCAACACAACAACAACAAGCAUUUAAUAAUGCUUCACAUCAACAGCCUCAGUUUCAUCAGUACACAUCUAUGUACCCUCCUCCACCUUGGGCUGCUACUCCUGGUUAUUAUACCAAUAACCAGAGUCCCGUUUAUACAUAUCCGACAUCUAGGCCCACGUUUGAGUCGUCCAAUAAUGGAGUGCCACAUGUCACUUCUGGUUUGAGUUCUCCUACUGCAAACAAUGUUGGACAGAGGCCGUUUAUUCCGUCUUAUAGAUUGUUUGAAGAUCUUAAUGUGUUGGGUAAUGCAGAUGGGAGAUUUAAAGCAAUCAAAAUAUGGUUGGGGGAAGGAAGUGAUGAUUUGGUUGGAUAUUGGGUUGAAUUAUAUUACAAGCAGACUUUUGAUUUGGUGUAUAUCUCGUUUUAGUGAUUUAUUUGUUUGUUUUUCGUUUGUUGAAGAACUGGGGAUUGUAAAUGGUUGUAGUAGAUUUACUGUCAAUAACACUGAUAUUUGCAGUGUAGUUUGAGUCAGCACUCAGCAGUGACAAAUAAGAGGGGUUUUUAACUGAAA